AUGCCCACCUCCGGCCUCCUCUGCCCCGGGCUCUGGGCCAAGGCUGCCCCAUGGUGGUCCCUCCACCUGCUCCUCUUUGACUUGCUCAUCCCAGAGGCCCUGCCCAGCCCUAACAACAGAUUCCCUCCUUCCACCAAGAGGGAGAUCACCAUCGAUGGGGACCUGGUAAUCGGCGGUCUGUUCCCGGUGCAUGAGAAGGGCGAGGUGGCGGAGGACUGUGGGAAGAUCAACGAGCAGAGAGGGAUCCAGAGACUGGAGGCGAUGCUGUUAGCGCUGGAUGAGAUCAACGCGGACGAGCGGCUGCUGCCGGGUCUCAGGCUGGGAGCCCACAUCCUAGACACCUGCUCUAAGGACACCUAUGCUCUGGAGCAAAGCCUGGAGUUCGUACGAGCCUCCCUCACCAAGGUGCAUGAGCCGGGGUUCAUCUGCCCAGACGGAUCCAACCCCAUCCAGGAUGACGUCCCUCUGGCCAUAUCUGGAGUCAUCGGGGGCUCCUACAGUGACGUGUCUAUCCAGGUGGCCAACCUCCUCCGCCUCUUCCAGAUCCCUCAGAUCAGCUAUGCCUCCACCAGCGCCAAGCUCAGUGACAAGUCUCGCUACGACUACUUCGCCCGCACCGUGCCGCCUGAUUUCUACCAGGCCAAGGCCAUCGCUGAGAUCCUGCGCUACUUCAACUGGACCUACGUGUCCACUGUGGCAUCUGAGGGUGACUACGGUGAGACGGGCAUCGAUGCCUUCCAGCAGGAGGCCCGCGCCCGCCAAAUCUGCAUCGCCACCUCGGCUAAGGUGAGCCGCUCGAUGAACCGGUUCAGCUACGACCAGGUGAUCCGCUCGCUGCAGCAGAAGUCCAACGCCAAGGUGGUCAUCCUGUUCACACGCAGUGAGGAUGCCAGGGAGCUGCUGGUGGCUGCUGCUCGCAUGAACAGCACCUUCACUUGGGUGGCCAGCGAUGGCUGGGGGGCGCAGGAGAGCGUGGUGAGGGGAAGCGAGACGGCAGCAGAGGGGGCCUUCACCAUCGAGCUGGCCUCCUACCCCAUCCGGGAGUUUGCAGACUACUUCACCAAGCUGAACCCCUACACUAACACACGGAACCCCUGGUUCAGAGAAUUCUGGGAGCACCGCUUCGACUGUAGUCUCACAGAGCCUGGUUGUAGCGAACACAGUCUGCGGGACGGCAAGUUUGAGCAGGAGUCCAAGAUCAUGUUUGUAGUCAACGCGGUGUAUGCCAUGGCUCAUGCCCUGCAUAAUAUGAGGCAGGCGGUGUGCCUACCCAAUGCCACCAAGAUAUGUGAUGCCAUGAAACCAGGCACCGGGAAGAGGUUCUAUAGAGACUUCAUCCUCAAGGCCAAGUUUGAUGCUCCCUUCAGACCUGCGGACACGGAGAACAUGGUGCGUUUUGACGCCUACGGAGACAGUCUGGGCCGCUACAACAUCUUCCACUACCACAAAGAGGAGGAUAAAUACGUGUACAGGAAGGUGGGCUACUGGGCCCAGGGCCUCAUCCUAAACACCAGCCAGGUGCCAUGGAGGGGCCCGGGCGAGGGGCCCCCCACCUCCCAGUGCAGCGACCCCUGUAGGAAGAACGAGGUGAAGAGCAUGCAGCCUGGAGACGUGUGCUGCUGGAUCUGCAUCCCCUGCCAGCCCUACCAGUACCUGCUGGAUGAGUUCACCUGUGCAGACUGUAGCUUUGGACAGUGGCCUCAGGCCAACCUGACAGGCUGUUUCGACCUGCCAGAGGAGUACAUCCGCUGGGAGGAUGCCUGGGCUAUUGGGCCGGUCACCAUCUCCUGCCUGGGCAUGUUGUGUACCCUCUCCGUGGUGGGCCUGUUCUUCAAGCACAACGACACCCCAGUGGUCAAAGCCAGUGGGCGAGAGCUGUCCUACAUCCUCCUGCUGGGGGUCCUGAUGUGCUACAGCAUGACCUUCAUCUACAUCGCCAAGCCCUCCACGGCCGUGUGUACCCUACGUCGACUCGGCCUGGGCACCUCCUUUGCCGUGUGCUACUCGGCGCUCCUCACCAAGACCAACCGCAUUGCGCGGAUCUUCAGCGGGGUGAAGGACGGGGCCACACGGCCACGGUUCAUCAGCCCGGCCUCCCAGGUGGCUAUUUGUGGCGGGCUGAUCUCCUGUCAGCUCCUGGUGGCCUUGGUCUGGCUCCUGGUGGAGAUGCCUGGCGUCAGGAAGGAGGUGAGCCCCGAGAGGAGGGAUAUAGUCACCCUGAAGUGCAACAGCAAGGACUCCAGCAUGCUGGCUGCUCUGGCCUACAACUGCAUCCUCAUCGUCCUCUGUACGGUCUACGCCUUCAAGACCAGGAAGUGCCCCGAGAACUUCAACGAGGCCAAGUUCAUUGGGUUCACCAUGUACACCACCUGUAUCAUCUGGCUGGCCUUCCAGCCCAUCUUCUACGUAACGGCCAGCGACUACAGGGUUCAGACAACCACCAUGUGCAUCUCUGUCAGUCUGAGUGGGUCGGUGGUGCUGGGCUGUCUCUUUGCUCCUAAGGUCCACAUCAUCCUAUUCCAGCCCCAGAAGAACGUGACAACGCUGAGAGUGGCUGCCAACCGUUUUGGGGCCACGGUCAAAUCUGCAUCGGCGUCUGCCCCCAGCUCUAGCUACUGGAAAGCAUCAGCCUCUACCAGUGUGCCAACAGCGGUAACAACAGUCUGUAAUGGUCGUGAGGUAGUGGACUCCACUACGUCCUCUUUGUGA